AUGGAGGACGAAGAGGCGUCAGUGAUUGCAUGCCGGGAGUUGGGCGAGACGGCGUUGGAGAUGAUUAACGUGCGGAACUACAACGGGUUUACCCCGUUGAUGCGUGCGGUGCGAGCGCAGUACCGGCGAACGGCGUUGACGUUAAUUGCCUUGGGGGCGGAUUGCGAGGCGGAGACGCCGAAGUUUUGGCACAACGAAUGCUGUCGUGGUCCGGGUUCCUGGUUGCGAAGUUGUUGCAAACCGCGAGACUACAAACCGCCAAUUUUCCUAUGUCUGGUGCGGCGUGACUUUGCUUUGGCGCGGGCGCUUAUGCAGUCCAGUCCGCUGGUCAUGGAACAUCGUUGGCUUGGUCGGGACGCGGAGGGAAGUGAGUGGCAGCGCGAGGUAUUGGAGUACGCUAAGGAAACGGCCAAAUGCUUUGAAGAAUUCGUGGGCGCGGUGGCCGAUUUGAUGACCGGCGACCAAUUGCUACGUGCAAUCAACAUACUCAAACUUGGCAUCACCCUCGAAGAAGACCCCGAACCUUUACUAGAGGUCCUCCUCGAACGUGUCCCGCAUAACUAUCUAAUUACGCGCAAAGAACUCCAGACCCUCUGUCUUGACGCGGAGUCUUUCUGCGCCAUCAGACGCUCCCGAAAACUACUCCAACGAUGGAAAGACCUAAGGCAGAGCGUCACUGAGCAAACCAAACUAUACCAGGUUCCAAAACGCUUUGUUCUACUACACUGUGUUCUACUACAGCGAAACCACGACGUUACGUUAAUCCCUUGGAACAUGGUAACGGAACCUCGGAACUGUCCGACUUAG